AUGGCCGCACAUUCGAUCUACCAGCCUCUCAAUCAAUCGCGACAGGAAAUCCGACUCAUCGAAAUCACCCCCUUCGACCCCGCAGACAAGUCAUCUGUGAUCGACUGCAAGCUUCACGUGGUCUCCCUGCUCGACAAGCCGGAUGCGACGGUAAACCUGGACGCCGCACUCCGGCAGGCCGUCCGCCACUCGUGGCCCCAGAUCAUACGCGAGGCCGCUGCGGCCAGCCACAUACAGGACAUGAUCGAGAUAGGCGGUCCGCCUCGGCCCGAAUGGGAUCACAGGGCUUACUGGGCAAGCAUGAUCAGUAAUAUUACGGCGCAGAUGGAUUUCAGCCACGCCGGCUGCCCCCUGUUCUUGCGCUUCUAG